GCGGGCUUUUCCGGGUUAAUUAUCCAAUGAGUUUUUCCCGGUUAGGAGUUGGAGGUUUGAUUGGUUCCAGAAGAUGUCUUCAAAUCAUCUACGCCACUGGCACUCGAAGCCCGCGGUUUACAAAAGACAUUUACCGUAUCCGGUGAAAUAAUAUUAUGUUAAUAAUAUGUGCUUUUAAUCGAGGCUGACCUCGAUUCCGAGUAAAGCCCAAAAACGUCAGGCUGAGAAAACGUCGGUAAUCCAGGACUGAAAAACAGAACCGACCGUACUGCAGUGAAUUUGCUGGCACUGAAGUUAGCAGAUGGCUAGUUAGCCACAGAGCGCAGUGCAGGUAACGUUACCUUGUCAACUAGCAUCAACUGAAACAGCCGUGCCUAACAACUAGGAAACCAGCUGAGUGAGUUAUUAUCGCCGCGAGUUGGCUCACCAACAACAAUGUCGCUGUCAGCUGAGAAUCGUUUUGCGGCUAUGGGAAGCAUCGGUGUUAAAGGACAGACUAUUUGUGUGGUUCCCGACUUCUCUUCUGGUCACCUGGAAGAUGACUUUAUCCUGAAUAGGUCCUACCCAUGUACUCGGAGACCUCUGUACAAGGAGAGGCUUUUAGCCUUUCGGCGUCGUUAUGAUCCUGAUUCCCUGGCAGGUGAUCAUUUUGAUGUUGGCUUUUCUGUGGCCACAAAAAAUCUUCAGAUGUGUAGUUUGCUUCCUGUGUCCCAAGCUGGUUCCUUGCCACACCUGUCCACUAUGUCAGAGAUGGAGAAGACCCUCUUCAGUCAGCUGAUGUCUGGAGAUUUUGGCCUGCCAGGGUAUCCCUCUCCCCUCAACCCAAACAAAGUCAUUCUAACAGUCAACCAUAAAACUAAAAAGGUUUUGUCAGCAAAUGAGCAAGCCUGCAAGCUGUUUGAGUGCACGACCGAGGAGCUGAUUGGAAAAAAACUGCACUCCCUCUUAAAGAAAACCAGUCAGGUCCUGGAAGAAGCACUGGAAGAGGAUUUUCCACUAGUUGAUGGGACUGUUGCUGUAGCAUCUGGAAAAGUGGUGGAUGCAGUGACAUUAUCUGGAGAGGUGCCAGUGUCAGUGUACACCUACAGAGAGUCACAGAAUGAAAACCACCUCCUUCUCAUAAUGGAAAAUGUGGAAAGGGUGUCUGCCUUUUUGUCCUUUUCAAAAGAUGGCAGUAUCCUAACCUGUGACUUGGCAUUUGCCCAUCUCCAUGGAUACCAUCAUCCUGAGGAGUUAAAAGGAGUGUGUGUGAAUAAGCUAAUCCCCUCUUUACAAAUCCCCCUCCACAGUCAUGCAUUGCCCAAAAUGCUGAGGGUUCAGCGAGUGUGUGGUAGAAGCAGAGGCGGUGCAGCAGUCCCACUGUGUGUCAAACUUCAAGGGGCAGUGCAGUGUGGGAAACACCAACCUAAUGGGACUGGCUACAUUUACCUCAAUGAUAGCCUUGAUGUAUCAUCCUCAUCAGAUGUCAACGCGGACAGCACUGUCAGCCCAGCACUGGAAUACUCUGGAACAGUUUGGGUGUUCUCUCCUGUCAGCGGUCUCCUUCUGCUCCGCACUGAUGGUUCAAUCGUUAGCAUCCACAACCACCUGGCCCUCAGUCUGUUUGGCUACAGCAAGGACGAGCUGCUGGGGAAGAACGUCACUUUCCUGAUGCCUGGUUUCUAUGAAUGGAUGUCGGACUCAGACAGAAAGGCCAGAUCCUUCCCUGAUUCUCAUGCAGAGGUCCCUAAAAGUCCAGCAGCAUCCAGAAUAUCAGGAAAAUGUGACCCUUCCUCACUGGUGGCUGGAGACAUGGCCAUGGUGCACCGAGCUGCCCUGGACAGGACUUCAGCAGGGAGGGGCAGGAUCUUCACUGGCACCAGCACGAUGCUGGAUAAACAAGGCAGUGCUCUGUCUACCCUCUCCCCUCCCGCUGUCACUUCAACACGUGUGGUUACGGCCAAUAACACUGCAGAACUGAUGGAAGAAGCAGCUCAAGUGGCUCCAUAUAGCAGCCAGAUAGACAGCAUGGAUACCACUCAGGCACUCCUCAAGACAUUUGCCUGGGUGGAACUUCCAGAUGAAGACACCUGUUGCUCCAUUCCCACCAAACCAUCACACCAAAACAGAGAACGGCAGCUGGCCAAUGAGGUUCAGGGAAAGUAUGAACCUGCCACUGAGAAUAUCCCAGACAUUCCUGCUGAGAAUGGACAUGUUGUUAAGAUCAAUGAGAAACCACCUGACGUAGGAAAAGACCACUGCUCACGUGCCUCUGUUUUUGAGGACUCGAGCUAUGAGGUCAUCUCAAUGGAGAGCGGAUCUUCUGGCUUCUGUGAAAAUUUUGCUGGCCAUGGUGGUUCUGAUCCAGCCCAAGCAGAGUGCUCGGCUCAAGUAGUGGACUCAGCCAGUGUUUUUCUGGACCUCAACAGCAAUGGUGAUCUGGUUACCCAGGCCCUAGCUGACCUAGACCUGAACGGUAGUAUAGAGCCGCUCAGUGGUGAAGGACACAACAAUGACAACGAACACUCGGUGACCUCGUGCGAUACAGCCGAGCUCCUGCGGACUCCCUCCCCAUGUGUGAUAUUGUCUGACCAGGAACCAGAGUCCGAUGGGCCUGCGGUCACUGCUGUGGAGGCCAGAAACAAUUCAAGUGAAGAACUUGAAAAGCACAAGGGUGAGCAGGUUCACUGGGCAGCUGUCUCUGCAAUUCAUCAAGGAAACUGCCAAGAGGGCUGUGAACAAGUGAAUACUGGGAUUCAGUCGCUGACAGAUAUGCCUGCCACAUCAACUCCCAAAAAACAGAAGGUGUAUGGACACAAAAAGUCCUCAGAGGCUACGUGUAUAGUGGAGGGGCAGUUUGAAGGAAGUGGAUACCACAGAGAUGGCACAAGAAUAGAUGUGCUGUGUGAUGUGUGCAGGACGAACCUCCCUGAUGGAAGCUUUAUUUUCUCCGUGUGGCUGUGUAGACUCAACCAGCAGGGGGCGUUGUCGCAGACCGAUCAAUCACUGCACAACCAAACAGGAGGCAGUCUAGGAGAGAAAAUUGUUGAGGCCAGUCAAGGCAACGCAUUGCGUUCUACCAUGGACCUUGAGCAGUCUAAAGCCUGCGAUGGACAGUUUGAAGAAGAGUACAAGCCGAUCAAAGCUGUUGGUAAAGGAGCCUUUGGAUUUGUCUGGAAGGCAGUAAGGCGCUGUGAUGGACAAGAAGUGAUUGUGAAGUUCAUCAGCAAGGCCAGAAUAGUGAGCGACUGCUGGGUAGAUGACCCAAUGUUGGGACGGGUGAGCCAGGAGAUCGCCAUACUGACACGAGUGCAGCACCAUAACAUUGUUAAGGUGCUGGAGGUGUUUGAGAAUGGGAGUUACUUUCAGAUGGUGAUGGAGAAACACGGCGAUGGCUUGGACCUUUUUGAGUUCAUAGACAUGCAGCCGAGGUUGGAUGAGCCCCUUGCCAGCUACAUAUUCAGACAGCUUGUGGCAGCUGUCUUCUAUCUGAGGACUAAGAAAAUUCUUCACAGGGACAUAAAAGAUGAGAACAUCAUAAUCGACACGUGUUUUCACAUUCGACUGAUAGACUUUGGCUCUGCUGCUAUAAUGGCUCCUGGGAAACUCUUUUAUAAUUUCUGUGGCACACUGGAGUACUGCUCUCCAGAGGUGCUACAGGGAAAUCCCUAUGAGGGUCCAGAGCUGGAGAUGUGGUCUCUGGGGGUUUUGCUCUACACACUGCUUUUCAGUGAGAACCCCUUCUGUGAUGUGGGUGAGAUCCUGGAUGCCAAACUAAAUCCCCCAUACCAUCUCUCUCCAGAGCUGGAUGAUGUGUUACAUGGGCUGUUGGACCCUGAGCCAACUCAGAGAAUGACUUUAGACCAGCUGCUGCUGCAGCCCUGGAUCAGCCAGCCCAUUUCUUUAUCAGAGUACAGCUGGGCAGAGGUGGUUCCUGAAACUCAGAGCUGCUGCUCACCACAGCAUCAAGAAUCCAGUCCUAAGGCUUAUAUCAGGCAGAGCUCAGUUUCAGAGCUUGAAGAUGACACUCUGCCCGAGGAGGAAGAUGAGGAUGAGAGGUUGUCAAUUGCAGCCCUGAAAUCUGAGCUCCAUCGGUACCUCCUUGAGGGUUAAAGACUUUGCUUUAAGGAAAGCAAAGCCUCCAUCCGAACUAUCAAACCAACAUAUUUGUCUGUAGCCACUGAACAAAGAUAUGAAUGACAAAGAAAAAUGAAGUGUGUCUGUCAAUAAUGAGACGCUGCUGUCUGAACUGAGUAAAUGUGAGACAGACAUUCGAUUUUAUCAUCAGUUGAUCACGCUGUGCUUGUUGACAGAUUUCUAUGAGCAGGAUGUAAUCUGUUUAUUUAAUUGUUUUGUUUUGUUUGUUUUUUUGUUGUUUUUUUAAGUUUGAGGAAAAAUUGAAGCAGCAAAAAAGAUUGAUCCUUUGACUGUCAAUCAGCUUUGCUACAAAAACACAACCACAACGUUCAGCUGUUACUGCAGAGAAACUACACAAACUCAUUAAAGUUAUGGAAACUCUUGAUCCAGCUUUUUCUUUUCUUUUUUUAAUAUGGCCAUUUAUGUU